AUAAGGCAUCGUUAAGUUAUUUAAAAAGAGCAGACGGCGAAUAAACACUCUCGUCAAGUAUACUCAUUUAAAAAAGGCGGGAACUUUCCGCCAUAUUUAAUACGCAUGUACUUAAGUAGUCGCAUGGAUCAGUUUGAACUUAUUCGUGUAAUUUUAAUACGCAUUAAUCUAACAAAGUGAUAAAUAACUGGAGAAUAUGAUGAUAGAGCUGAUGAGAUUGAACUUGGUCAGAAGGCAUUACACUUUUUGACAAUGUCGUCGUUCAAAUUGCAGAAGAUUUGAAACCAAUCCAUCCACGUUGAAGAAGAAUCGUCUUCUGAGAAAUUUGAAACGCAGACCAGUCAAGUGUAACGUGACAGUGUGGUUUAUUUUAAGCAAGAAAUUCUGAAGUAUCAACGAUGACAAUAGCUGAAAACAUUUCGUGGCGAUAAUUGAAAAAUAUUUUGUAGCCUGUUACAUUAUAUUGUACACUUCCGGAAGAUAUACACACAUGAAUUCCUACAUCUAGGUUAUGCGGUACUUAUUUAUCGAUCGAUUUUACUUCUUUCGCAUUUGACCCGUUUGUUAUUUAACACGGAUUCAGAACACAGGGAAUUCGUUGCAAUUCACCUAUCAUCGUAGACUAAAGAUAUCUGUUUAACAGAAAUAACUAUUCAUUUCGCAAAGUAAGAAUCGAAGAUGGUUUUCGAGUCGAUCGUUGCUGAACUUCUAAACAAAGUAUUGGGAGAGUACAUUCAAAAUUUGGAUUACUCGCAAUUAAAACUGAGCUUAUGGGGAGGAGAUGUAGUAUUGACAGAUUUAUUAAUAAAAGAAACUGCAUUAGAUGUGUUGGAUCUACCAAUUAGAUUGGAAUAUGGAAGAUUAGGAAAACUUAUAUUAAAAAUACCGUUCAAAGAUAUGUGGAAUGGACAAAUCGAUGCAGUAGUUGAGGAAUUAUUUGUACUUGUAGUACCUUCGAGUCAGGUUGCGUACGAUGCAGAAAAAGAAGCAAAAAUACACCUCGAAGCAAAACGCGCAGAGCUUGCGAGAGUUGAGAAAAAAAAACAGUUAGCAGAUACCAAGUCACAAGAAAAAUUAGAUGAUUCGAUGGUUGAAAAACUGAUUGCACGUAUGAUAAAGAACAUUCACAUUGAAAUAAAAAAGAUACAUGUGAGAUAUGAAGAUCAUAUUUCAUUUAAAGAUCAUCCCUUCUCAGUUGGCUUUACAUUAAGUACAUUUACUUUAGAAAGUUGUACAGAUUCUUGGGAAACAACAGGUAACUUAAAAGAUAUGUAUGCUAUUCCACAAAUUUACAAGCUAUGCACGUUAGAUGGUUUGGCAGUGUAUCUCAAUACAACUGCAGAACAAUUCAGUAACACACAAUCAGACUAUUUAAAUCUAUUUUAUAAUGGGAUUGCAACCACAGAUUAUAAUCCACCUGGUUAUCAGUACUUAUUGGGUCCAAUAAAUGUCAAUGCGAAAUUAAAAUUAAAUCCAAAGCCAGAGACGGAUGGAAGUAACUAUACAAUUCCAAAAGUGUGGUUAGACAUGGAAAUGCAAAAAUUAAGAAUAGGGUUGGAGAGAAAACAAUAUCAUACUCUCGUUCAAUUAGGAGAGGGUUUAGAUCAAGCUCAAAAGGCUGCACCAUAUAGAAAAUAUAGGCCAAAUUUAACGUCGUAUAGGGGCCAUUAUAAAGAAUGGUGGAGAUUUGCAUACACUUGCGUCUUAGAAGAGACGGUUCGUAGACAACGCAGAAAUUGGGAUUGGAAUCAUAUGAAAGAACAUCGAGAUAUUUGUCGCACUUAUGCUGAUGCUUAUCAAACAAAACUAACAACCAAGAAAGUCGUACAUGAAAUAGAACAUGUCCUUACUGACUGUGAAAAAAGAUUGGACAUUUUUAAUUUAGUAAUUAUAAGACAGAAGAUCGAAAUGGAAGUAGAAAGAUUAGCGGAAAAAGAAAGAAAUCUGAAAGCGAAACGCGGUUGGUUCGGUUUCUUAUGGUCUAGUACGCAGGCAGAGGAAACACAAGAAUUGAAUUCUGCAGCUGCUAUAAUGAAGAAAUUUAGCGAGGCAAUGACACCGCAAGAAAAAGAAAAGUUGUACAGAGCAAUUGACUAUCAAGAAAAUAGUGCGCCAGCUCAUUAUCCUGAAACAUACGAGAUGAUUGAUACGCGAUUUCUUUUACACGAAUUACAAAUUAUAAUUUUAGAUACGGAUAAAGAGCAUCCUUGUGUCCUAGACCUUCAACUUCACAGUGUUGAGGCAGGUUUUAAGUCGAGACCAUCUGCCAAUGCUAUUUUAGUUACAGCAUCAAUUAAUGAAAUGAAAUUAUUAGGAACAAAACAAGAUGAACAUAUUCCUUCACUUUUCAAUUCGCAUCAGCAUGACACGGAUAACGUUUUAUUAUCAGUGUCCUACGAAAAGAAUCCUCUCGAUAAAUUAUGUGGUGAUCGUAUCAUAGUAAGAUCGAAAUCUGUGGAUAUUAUUUACGAUGCACAAACAGUAAUUGAAUUGGUUAACUUAUUUAAAGUACAAAAUUCGUCAACUUUGAACAAUCUGCAAGCAGUUGCUGCAGAACGAUUGGAAGGUUUGAAAGAAAUGUCAGCUUUAGGUUUGGAACAUGCUAUUCAAAAGCAUUCAGUGUUAGACAUACAGGUUAAUAUGCAAGCUUCUCAGUUAAUCAUACCACAUGAUGGGUUUUAUGAUAGCACAAAAUCGUUAUUAGUUGUGAAUCUUGGUAGUUUGCAAAUACAUUCUUUGGAAAAGCCAAAAGGUGAUGAUAAGGCAAAUGUGUCUGUUAAACAAUUGAUCAGUAUGGGCAAAAGCGAAGAAGAUGUGUUAUUGCAUCUUAGGGAACAUAGUUAUGAUAAAUUUGUUUUAAAGAUAGUCGACUUUCAAGUAUUAGUUUCGUUGCCGGGUGAAGAAUGGCGCUCAAUAUUAUCAAACGUGGAUGAUUCUAUGACAUUAUUGCAUCCAACAACGCUCGAAAUUCAAUUUCAUAAGUGUUUAGUAAUGGACGAUCCCUUACUUCCAAAGUUUAGAUUAAUUGGGCAACUACCAUCAGUUGUUGUUAAUAUAACAGAUAUUCGUUUAUUACAAGCUCUUUCUAUCGCUCAGAGUAUACCACAGCCAAAGGAAGAACUAACAGAUCUCCAGAAAGCAUCCUUGAGUAAAUCUGUUUCGCAAUUAUCUUUACUGAAAGAUUUAACCACUACUAUUGCUGAGAAGAAAAAAGAAGAUUCUGCUAUAAUUUCAGUUAAACAGAUGAUUGAUAUGGAGAUGAAAUUUGAAAUGAAAGAAUUCGCGAUACAAGUUUCGUCCCAAAAAGGCAGUGAAAUAAUACCGUUUGUAAAAUUCGAGGUAUUGCAGUUAGAAGCAGAGAUGUUACAACGAACUUACGAUCAAGAGAUAUUAUUAAGAUUGGGCGGCGUUCAAGUUAAGCAACAUUAUAGCCAAAGAGAAAUAUUUAUGAUAAAUACUCCUAUGCUAUCAGGCAGACAUGAAUAUUUAAUAACAGUACAGUAUAUAAAUGUAAAUAAACGAUCUCCUGAAUUUAAAACAAAGCAUGGAUCUGUUCUUCAAUUACUAAAAUUAGAAUUUACAACAUUAGACGUUUUGUUACAUCAAGAAGCUCUUAUAAAUCUUCUUCAGUUUAUAUCAUAUGUUCAGGAUCAAAUGAACGUUAUAGCAAACAAUAAACUCGAAAAAGAGCCUGGUUUGCGUCCACGUCCUAGCCAUUUGGUUUCCAUUCAAGAAGAAACGUCUACAUUCUUGAAGGAACAAAUUCAAAAGCAAAAAUUUAGAUCAACGACACGACGAAGGAGAACAGUGGUGGAACACAUAGAUUUGAAAGUUCAAGCAAAAGUUGGAACUAUCUGUAUGAAGAUUACUAGCAAUUACAGACAAAUUACUGCACUUUAUGUCGAUGGUAUCACUGCUGGAUUUAUAAUGAAAGCUUCCUAUUCUCAAACUAAUAUUAAUUUAUCUUCUAUUAGUAUUAAAGAUCUUAACGAAGCGUCAAUUUAUAGGGAUAUUGUAUCGGUGACAGAAGAUACUGAAUCUCUGCAAAUCCAGGCUAUAAUGUAUAAUAUUGAACCGUCAGAAAUUGAUAAAAAUAAUAUGUCUAUUACGGUUGUUAUGGGUUGCUAUCGCAUCGUCUUUUUGAAUAUAUUUGUUACUAGUAUAAUGAGUUUCUUAAACAAUUUUCAAACAGCUCAACAAGCUAUAAAGGAUGCGUCAGCAGCAGCGGCAGAAGCCGCGAGGACAAAUAUUAAAGACGUUAAAGAAAGCGCAACACGUAUAGGACUUGCUAUAAAAAUUAAGGCUCCAGUUAUAUAUGUACCAAUGCAUUCAAAAAGUGAUCAUUGUUUGACAUUAGACAUGGGUAAUCUUACUGUAUGUAACGUUUUUAAGAAAUUGGAAGUUACAAAUGACAGUGGAGAUUGUCCUAUUAUCGAUGAAAUGAGAGUCGAGUUACAAAAUUUAAAAUUAUCCCGGGUGAGAUUAAAUGUGGAAAAGUUCGCGAUUGAAAAUGAAAUAUUGUUAUUAGAACCAGUCAGUUUUACACUGCUCAUUAAACGUAAUUUAUCGACUGCCUGGUUCACCUCUGUACCAGAUAUUGACAUGUCGGGCAGAUUAAAUAAAAUUAAUAUAUUAAUAAGUAAAGAGGAUUAUGCAACUGCAAUGAAAGUAUUAGAAAAAAAUUUAGGUGAGACAGCCGAAGAUAAAAAAUUUACGACAAGCGUAAAUCAGUCUGAAAAGAAAUUAGAAGUAGAAGUUUUACAACAUCAUCAAAGCGAUAAAUUUAUAAGAGCUACUGCAGAAGGUACGGAAGAUGCAAACUUGCAAGAACAAGUACAUAUACACACGUCUAUCAAAUUUGAGUUUGUCAUGGACAGCCUUGUGAUUACCUUAUUUACAGGAGGUUCAAAAAUGUUGCAGUCACAAAGUUCUCUGCUUCAUCCACCAGAGAAUGGAUUAGCGAAAUUUUGUUUAACUCAUUUCGCCCUGAAAGGUCGAAUAUUUGCCGAUGGAUUAAUGGCAACUUCCAUUCUCCUUAUGAAUUGUACUUUAGAUGAUAUACGUCAAAGCAGACAAGGUUCUCUUGUAAGAAUUAUGGAAAGAACUACAACGAUACCUUCUAUGGAUGACGUAGAGAAAGAAUCAAAGAAACCUAUUCGUAGUAUGUUAGACAUGACUAUUAGACAGAGUUCAAAUGAUACGUUUGUUGACAUUCGAAUUUUUUCAUUUAGUAUUAUCGUAUCACUUGACUAUCUAAUGAAAGUAAAAGAUUUUUUUACUGUCGAUGAACCGCCGACAAAUAAAUCAGUGCCCCAGCAUGUACCAAAAAAUCAUGGCGAAUCAGCAGUUAAAAAGAAACAAAUUACAUCAUCGACUAAAAAAAUGUUUACGAUUAACAUACACGUUGAGAAACCAGAUAUUAUUCUGUUAGAGGACAUGGAUGACAUAAAUUCCAAUUGCAUCAUAUUAAAUACCGAAUUACUCCUGAAAGUACGUUUGAUGGAUGAGCAUCAAAUAAUAACAGGCUCCAUAAAAGACUUAUCAAUUUUAGCUGGUAUAUACAAUCCCAUGAAAAGAAGUGACUGGAUAUAUCAGGUACUAAGACCAUGCAGCAUAAGUGUAGCAGGUUCUACACCAGAUGGCAAAGGGCUUCACAUUGAUAUUUGUUGCACAGAUAUUCACUUAUCGGUUUCGCCAGGUGUUAUAGAAAUAUUGAAUAAAGUGGUUCAUACUGCCACAAAGACGGAAGAGCAAGAUCAGGAAGUUGUUGUUACUGAAGAGAAUUACGAAGGAUUAUGGAUCGUGACUCCAUUUGAAGAAAGUGAUUUUUGGUUUUUAAAAACAGAAGUAGGAAUAGAAGCCAUAGAAGAUUUCGUAUAUUCUGAUGAUGAGGAUACUACGGUUUAUAAACCAGAAUUAGCCAUAAUUUCUGCGCCGACAAUUCUAUUCACGUUAGAAGCAGGCGUCGGUAAUAAAACAUUACCAAUGCUUUUACUUCAUAUUGGCUUCCAAAGUAACAUUAACGAUUGGAGUACGAAAACUAUGAACAUAGAAAGUACGAUGUCGGUAAUUAUGGCGUAUUACAAUAGUUGUUUAGCAUUGUGGGAACCAUUAAUUGAACCGAUAGAGGAAAUUAAAAAUGAAAAGUUGAUUUCUACGCCUUGGGAGCUAAAAGUUAAAAUUCAAUUUAAUAAUGUAUCACCAGACUCUAGAAGUGCAAGAGCUAUCAGUCCUACAUCAGACAGUGAAAUAGAAGAAUUACAUCAAACUCCUAAAAUGUCUAUUGACAUAGUAUCAACUGAAAAUUUAGAAAUAACCGUGACUAAAACUUGUUUGGAUGUACUAAAACAACUUGGUAAUGCGUUUUCAUCUGCCAUGGAAGCGAGUGGAAAAGGAAUGGCCAAAAGUGUGGCACCAUACGUACUCAGGAAUGAAACUGGUUUAGCGAUAGUUUUAGACUUGGAGCGCAGUCACUUCAAGGUUUUCAGCGAUGGAUCUAAACUUGUGAGCAAUAACACAGAUUCGUACAUGGAAGUAAUUCUUGAAUCUGGUGCAUCGGUAGAUUUAGCUUCGAGAACGACAAAAACUGUAAUACCAUUGGUUGAUCAAUUAAAAACUGAAACAAUCAAAGAACGGGACGAUGAUAAGUUUAUUAUUUCGUUCAAGGAAAUUAAUGGAACAUUAGCUAUACCUGUAUUAAGGGCUGAUAAAAGAUUCUUUUCAUUGAAGUAUCGAAAAGAUAAUUCCGAAGAAUGGGGUAUUGUUUCUGACGUUGUAGUAGAUGAAGGAAGUACCAUUGUUACUCUUCGAAGUAUUCUACAGGUACACAAUCAUUUUAGUCAACCAAUAUCUGUAUAUUAUAUGACUAAGCGUGGAAAUGAAGUUGAAUGUGUGGGGACUGUUGCUUCAGAUAGUAAAUUAAAUCUUCCAUUGGAUGCUGUAUAUACACCAACAAAUGUUUAUGGAUUAUUUUUCAGUGUUGAGGGAUAUAUGGUUUCGAUAGAACAAUUUAUUUGGAAAGAUUUACAAAAAACAGUUAGUAUGACAAAACUGUUGAGAUGUGAAUCUCGAGUGAGGCAAGAAGCUGUAGAACCAUUUUACAUGAAGAUGUUUUUCGUGAUGAUUGUGGUUGGUAGUAUUUUAUAUAAUAACAACACUAUUGGCUUAUUAUUGAAUGCUAUUAACUGGCGAUCCGUAUUCUGUCGUUUCAUUGAUUGCAUCAAGCAUCUUUGCUUGAAAACUUUACCCUCAGAGCACAAAAAAUAUCUGGAUGCACCUAUACAGGUUGUUGGUGAAAUAGAGCAAGUUUAUUUUGAAAAUACUAGUCGACAUACAAUGGCAAGUACGAUUUAUAAUGUUCAUUUAUAUCCAGCUGUAUAUUUGAAGAACUUUUUGCCUAUCGAUAUUAUCGUAUGCCUACCUGGAGUUGUACAAGAAAAGCUUUUAGAAGCUGGUACAUCUUACCAGAUUCCCACGAUUGACCCAGGAAAGUCGCAUAUAAUCAUAAAAUUACCAAAUUAUUUAGAGAAAGAUUGGUCAUGUAGGGGUGAGAUAUUAGCGAAUCCACCAGAGUUUUCUGUAUGGUCUUUCGAAUCUUUUGAUAGUGCACAAAAAGUUAUAAUGGAUUUGGGAAUGCAUACAUCAUAUGAACAUGGUUCUAUCAUUAUGGCAUUAUAUUGUCCAUUUUGGAUGUUAAACAAAACAGGCUUAAUGUUGUCUUAUCGGAAAUCAAGUAAGGGUGGCAAAGAACACUCAAGUCCAAUCAAGAAUUUGGUUUGUAUGAAACCUCAUCGACCAAGUGUAGAAUACAGGAAGAAGAAAGCACGCUCGAGUGGUGAAGACUAUCUAAAUGUACUUUACCAUCCAGAAAACUUUAAGGGACCAAUAUUAUUUUCAUUUCGCUCCAAAGUAUUCUUCGGUAAAAAAAAGGCGAUGAUAAGAGUCGAGGAUGGUGAAUGGUCUGAUAAAUUUCCAAUAGAUGUUGCAGGAAGUGAGGGAGUAGUCGUUUGUAAAUACAAUGGUCUAACGUACCAAAUUGGGGUUCAUAAUCAAUUGACUUAUAACUCUUUGACAAAACAAAUUACAUUCACUCCAUAUUAUGUAUUGAUAAAUAAUUCUGAUUAUCUCAUUGAAUGCCAAGAAGGUAAUAGACCGGCUGAUCCUAUGAUUAAGGUUCCUCCCAGAGAAUGUACAGCUCUCUGGCCUCGUUCUGACCAUGAACAGAAAACUCUAUCUGCUAGAAUCGCAGGUAGUCCCGAAAAAACUGCACCAUUUAUUUAUACAGAGAGCCAUACAACUUUAUUAAAAUUAAACAAUAAGUAUGGAGGAAUUAACGUAGAUAUACAAAUAAGUGAGGGUGGAGUGUACAUUUCUUUAUCCGCGUAUAGUCCUGGAAAUGCCCCGGCAUUGAUUAUCAAUCAGACUCCGCACACUAUCGAUUUCUGGGAGAAAGGAUCCCUGAAUGUCAGAUCUAUACAGUCGUACAAUAGAAUGUUUUACACCUGGGAGAAUCCUGCAGGUCCGCGGAGAUUGGUCUGGGAAGAUAACAAUAAAAAAGAAAUCGAGGAGACUCUUCGAAAAGAUACUUUAGGAGGUUUUCAGUUACCAGAUUUAGCAGAACAAGUAUACUACGUAUCGUUUUUGGAUGGUACACAACGAGUACUUCUAUUUACAACAAACAUGAAAGUUGCAGAAGAUUGUGAAUUAGCGGGUGAUUUUGAACCUAUAGAACAAGAAAUAACAAUAAGUAUUCACGGAGUUGGCUUUUCUCUUGUUAAUAACGUCACGAGAUCUGAACUGUUAUAUUUGUGUAUAGCUAGUUCUGGAAUUAUAUGGGAAACGCGUAAAUCUGCUAGCCAUCGUUGGCGUGGUCUCAGCACAAGGGAGGUGAAUGUUAUAGAAGAGGGCUAUCAAAAAUAUAUGCGUGAAUUGCAAAUAGGAAAAGAUCCGAUACAAAAAGCAGUACUUGAACCAAAAUUAGAGGUUGAUUAUUUGAACAUGGAACUAUUGAAACCGCAUCGUCGUUUUCUACGACGCACUUUCCAAACUGGUUUAUGGUUGCAGUAUCGCACUUCAGCGCAUCAAGUGCAAUUACACGCAAAGAUCAAUAGAUUGCAAAUUGAUAAUCAACUUGCAGAUUGUGUUUUCCCAGUGAUAUUGGCUCCAGUUCCUCCACCAAAAAGUGUUACAGCGAGUACCGUUAUGAAACCAUUCGCUGAGCUUAGUAUGGUUAAACGAUUACUUGAACACAGUAAUGUCCAACAGUUCCGAUACUUCAAGGUUCUCGUACAAGAAUUUCACGUGAAAGUGGACAUUAUAUUUAUUAAUGCGAUCAUGGGUUUAUUUGAAACAAAUAAAAUGAACGAUGCGGAAGAAAGCAAAUUAUUCAAAUUGGAUACGAAACUCGUUGAUGAACCUUUAAUGUAUCACGUCAGUUUAAUUACUACAGCAGAACAGAAGAAUUUCUUUGAUCUACUUCACUUCUCGCCGUUGAAGAUUCACAUAAGUUUUUCAAUGAGUGGUAGUGGUAGCGGACCCUCUGCACUACCUCAAGUACUAAAUGUGUUGCUACAAGGAAUAGGUGUUACGUUAACUGAUAUUAACGACAUUGUAUUCAAAUUAGCAUAUUUCGAAAGAGAAUAUACUUUCAUGACCAAUAAACAGCUUAUUUCCGAAGCAACAACACACUAUGUGGGACAAGCAAUUAAGCAAGCUUAUGUUCUCGUUUUGGGAUUGGAUGUAAUAGGGAAUCCAUAUGGUCUAGUAGUAGGUACUAUGAAAGGCAUUGAAGAUUUGUUUUACGAACCUUUCCAAGGUGCGAUACAAGGGCCUGGAGAGUUUGCGGAAGGUUUACUUCUUGGUAUGAGAAGCAUGCUAGGUCAUACUGUUGGAGGAAUGGCUGGAGCUGUUUCUAAAAUUACUGGAGCUAUGGGUAAAGGUAUAGCUGCUUUAACGUUCGAUAAAGAUUACCAGAGAAAACGACAAGAACAACUUAAUAAACAGCCAUCUAACUUGCAAGAAGGUCUUGCUCGUAGUGGCAAGGGUUUGGUAAUGGGUGUUGUUGAUGGUGUAACUGGCGUUGUAUUGAAACCUAUAUCGGGUGCCAAAGAAGAAGGUGUGGAAGGGUUCUUUAAAGGAGUUGGGAAAGGCAUGGUUGGUCUUGUUACUAGACCAACUGCCGGAGUUAUAGAUUUUGCUAGUGGUUCAUUCGGUGCAGUGAAACGUGCAACUGAGUUGAAUGAAGAAGUAAAAAAAGUAAGGCCACCUAGAUUUUUACAACCAGACUGCUUAGUUAGACCGUAUGUUCGAGACGAAGCCGAGGGGCAUAAAAUCUUAUGCGAAUUGGAAAAAGGAAAAUACGCAAAUACCGAUAUCUAUUUCUAUCAUAUGUAUAUCAACAAAGAUGUACUACUACUUACUGAUAAGAGAAUAUCGUAUUUAGAGCAUAGUGAUUUAUUUGGAGGAUGGCGAGUACAGUGGACUCAUACGUGGCAAGAGAUGAGCGAACAACCGAAAUCAGUUGAUAGAGGAAUUCAGAUAUUUAUUAAAGAUUCCAGUAGAAAGAAGAAAUUGGGAAACCUAUUUGGUAGUGCAGAUCAGUCAAAAAUAAUUUUAAUACAUGAUUAUAACAUAAGACAGCUUUUGUGCAACAAAAUGCAACAACAAAUUAAUCAGUGCGGAUUGUAAUGCCAGAAAAUUAUGAUGAAUGGAUACGCACAAACAUACUUUAAUAUUUGAAUACAGUUAAUUGAAUGGUUGAUCGAAUUAAUGUGAUCGAUUAAUUGAAUUGAUAGUGUCUGGCCGCCAUAAAUUUCCAUUAGCUUUGCAAGUUGAAUUUCGUAAACUCUCUCUCUCUCUCUCUCUCUAUAUAUAUAUAUAUAUAUAUAUAUAUAUAUUAGAUACAUUAUGAUAGAGUUUUUUUUUACAAAUAUCAUUAAUAAGACUGAUGCUUUAUCAGAAACAUUAAAAGCAAAGGAGGAGAAUCAGUAUAUAGUUUUGUAUUUGUUAUAAUCUGGAUAUUUUAGGUUUAAACUUAUAAUAAUUUCUCUACGAUUUAUUAUCGUUUUUAUCAGUUUGUCGUUUUUAUUAGUCGGCCAAUUUGUAAUUUCAUAAGUUGAUAUAAUGUUAAUGAAACAUCUUAUGCUUUUAAUUAAUCUAAAUAACAACAACUGACAUGCCUAGUAUAAUUUUUCUUUGAAGUUUACAUAUGAAACAAACGAGGCAUACGUAAAAAUAGUUGAAACAGUUCUUAUCCUAUCAGUUUGAAACUUGUUCUUACAAGAUACAAAUUAUAUUAAACUUAAAUUUAUACUCUGAUUAAUUUCACGUGAAAAAUUAUAGAUGGUUAAAGAUCAAUAUAAAGACCUACGCUAUAGUUUUAUGUAAAGAAGGAUGCAAAUUAGUUUCAACUUGAAUAGGUUUCUCUUCUUGAAUAGGUCCUUAAAAUAUCUCUCUUGAAAUAUCUCUUGUUAAUGUAAUGUACUUGAUAUUCUAAAAAAUCUCCAUCACGUGACAAUAUUAUAUUUUUGUACAGUUUAAUAAUUAUUUACUAUAUACACAUAUAAAUGAAAAUUUAAGCGCACAUCUUACGUUCAAGUAACUUCUGUACCUGUAUAACGUAUACAUACAGAAUGUUUCUAAAGUCGCAUAAUUUUCUAAAACAUACGCAAAAAUAUAUUUUCGUCUUUUAAAUAUAUAUUCGUACGUAGAAGUCAACUAGUUUUCAUAUAAAACACUGCUCAAUGCUUGUACAAUUUUUUUAUUUGAAUUACAAUAUAUUGUACAAAAUAUUCUGUUAGAAACGCUCUGUAUGUAUAUGGCUUUAUAGUAUAUAGCUUUUGUUACAAGAUUGUUCGGUUAAUUUAAAAAAAAGAA